UGCUGCCAAUUCCACAGUGCUACAAAAAAAAAAAAAGUUGGGGAUUUUUUUCCUCGUACUUUUCCUUUUGCAUUCAUUGUGAAUGAAAGCGAGGGUGAGAAGAAGAAACCAGCUCCUACUCUGCAGGCUAGUCUUUCUUUUCAGGGCCUUCUCUUCCUCCUUUGUUGCUGGGAAACAAUGGAGCUUUUCACGUGGAGUCUGAGUUGGAUAUGCCUUCUUCCUUGGCUACAGGUAUCAGAGGGGCAAAGCUUCCUUAUUAAGAACAUCCGGCUGGAAAAGUGCAUGCAAGUCACCCACCGUGACAGCGACCAGAUCAGCCUGGCUGAUUGCAAACUGCACUCCCAGCAACAGCAGUGGAGGUGGGACCCCAGCACAAAGUCUAUCGUCAGCCUUAAAACCAAACAGUGCCUGACUGCUCACAAGCCACAGGCGUUGACAGCCGCCCACCUGGAGCCAUGUGGGAACAGGGAGCGCCAAACAUGGGCUUGCAGCAAGAAGGGACACGUGACCUUGCACGGCCUGGGCUUGCAUCUUAACGUGAAGCAAGGCCACACGGUCGUUGUGUCCCGGGAGAAAGAUAAGUUCAGCAAGUGGAAGACCUUGUCAGAUGAAACCAUCUGUGCUGUCAACCCCACGGCGGCUCCCUGGAAUGGCAACCUCACGGCGGAAGCUGCAGAUGCAUCGAUGUGGGUUCAUGAAACUAAAACCAUCAGUACCUCAGCAAAGGUCCACACCAGUUCUAGGGGCUCUGCCCUGGAGUACCCUGCCUUCACGCUGGCUGAGUUUAACAGCACGGUGCCUCUGCCACAGAGCAAUCAGAUGACUCCAGCAACAGAGAAGGAGAUGACUGCCCAGUUUAGAUCUCAACCUGGACACCGAGGGAAAAAUGCUGGGGCCAGGCCUGUAGCCACCAACUGGAAGACAGCCAUGCUGGUCCUCAGCCCCCUGGCAUUUAUACUGGGGCUGAUCAUACUGACGCUGAACGUUCGUUACAACAAGAAGAAGAAGCUCCUGUCUGCUUUGAAGAGCUACCCAGAGAGCUGUGGUAGAGCUGGCUUACAGGAGCAAUCUCCAUUAACAGUGACGGCAGGAAGCUGGCCACGCAGCAUUGCAGCCUCUCAUGCCCCUUCCUUGCAGCACGGGGAAAUACUGAUUGAGUGGAAGGAUGGGACCAUCACGCCCCUUUUUGAUCAUGCUAACUUUUAGAUGGGCUACCUCAGAAGUCACUGAGCCCACUGCUUCUAUGCUGUAGUGCUCUCUGAUAAGAUACUUCCACUGGGAACAAAUAGCUUAAUGUUUUAUUAGGAACCAACACACACUGCUUAACACUUCAGAACAAUUGCGUGAUGCGACACAAAGUUGUAGCAGGCAGAGCAGAUUGUGUUAUGUUUGUGGUGCUUAAACUUUCUCAAGGGUUCUGAUUGAUUCUGUAAGGAGAUCUAUAUGUAACCACAAAGUGCCUUUGCUGGUUGCUAACUUUCCUCUGAGUCACAUGGAAAGGUGAAUAAACCAAACUCGGUAGGGUUAGUUUUGACUUCAAAGUAGAAAAUUGGAUUCCCAAGCCAGCUACAGAGUGCUCUUAAAAAAAUCCUCAGUGAUUUUGGCCAUAAGAGAAUCUGUGACUUAUCAGCUCCACCAUCAGCAGCCAAAAGCAAAAUGACUGUCCCUGACAUUCUCCAGCCAUUUGCUGAAGUUUCCCCUCCCUAAAAUACAGAUUCUGUAAGAAAAGUUUUUUUUAAAUAAAAAGACUUUGUAUUCUACAUUUUCAUCCUGCAAAACAGCUGAUGGCCGCACAGCUGACUCACCAAGAGUUUUAUAUUCCUGGUACACAACUCCACAGCACUCCAAAUCAUAAAGCAAUUAUUGAAUGCAACAUAUGCAGUGCCAUUAAGAUGCAGCUACCAACCUUGGCUUCAGCUAAUAAAAUGUUUUGUUUUGGCCAAUGGCUGUUCAUUACUGUUGACUGGGUAGAAAGGUUACUUGAAAAUGGCUCUAUAUUUUUGUUUUAUAUUCUUGCACUUAAAGCAAUACCAUAUUUUUUACUUUGUUGAUUAGGCAGAAGCUGAAAACAACAAUGAAAAUACGACUGUGAAACAGAACACAUUGUUAGGUAUUUUCUCUCUUGCUUGCUUACUGAUUGCUGUUUUCAAUCUUGCAUCUUUAUUGUUCUGAACGUUACUUACACAAACACCCUCCCUGCUUGCUCUCCGUCACUCCCUGGCAUCACCCAUAAACAAUGGUUUGAAACAGUGUUCAUAAUAAAGCUGAGUUUAAAACAAAAAUCAGGGAGGUUGAAA